CGAUGUGCCUUUAAGGACUGCAUCAGCCAACGGGAAAUGUUUCUUUUUUUCUUGGCGCCGCAAACAAACGAGUUACGCAGCGAGGAGAUGUUACACAUCUGGAUUAUGGGUUGUUUUCUAUAAAAGGUUUUCCAAGUAGCCCAGGAGAUGAAUGGGAAAAUUAUUCCCUACACGCCUGUGGCUGUGGACUGCUGGCAGCUUCGAAAGUGCAGCCAUGUCCGGCUUUUCUUCCUCUCGCACAUGCACUCAGAUCACACAUCUGGACUGACAUCCACCUGGAGCCACCGGCUCAUAUACUGCUCUCCUCUCACCGCAAAGCUCCUCAAACUCAAGCUACAGGUGAACGAAAAAUGGAUCCGGCCUCUGGAGGUUGGGGAGCCACACAUGUUGCCCCUGGAUGACAUUGGGAAGGAAAAAUUGACUGUUACCCUUAUUGAUGCCAACCACUGUCCCGGGGCUGUUAUGUUUUUUUUUGAGGGCUACUUUGGCACUGUUCUUUACACUGGUGACUUUCGGUACACUCCAUCAAUGCUGCGUGAGCCGUGUCUCAGGAACAACACUACGAUUGAUGUGCUUUAUUUAGACAACACUAACUGUGACCCCACACGUUCAAUUCCUACUCGACAACGAGCCUGUCAGCAGAUGAAGGAGAUUAUACGAGGCCAUCCAAAUUACACCGUGGUCAUCGGCAUGUAUGCUCUGGGGAAAGAGUCUUUGCUCGUGGAGUUGGCGCUGGAGUUUAAGACCUGGGUUGAGGUAGAUGUGGAGCGUCUGGAGACUCUACGGGUGCUUGAGCUGCCUGAUGUGUUCAGCACAGAGCCAGGCUCGGGGCGUCUCCGUGCUGUUGCUCAAUCCGAGGUCACUGCGUCCAACCUGCUGGCCUGGAAUAAGGAGCAUCCUACCAUCGCCAUACUGCCCACCAGCCGCCCAGUGGUCUCCUGCCACCCCAAUGUCCAUGUCGUGCCCUACUCGGACCACUCCUCCUACCAGGAGUUGGAGGACUUUGUUUCAGCUUUGCGGCCUGUCUCACUAGUGCCGAUUGUGGGCAGCUGCAUGCCAAACUUCUCUCAUUUGUGCCAACGCAAGAAGCGUCACGAGGUGAUGAUACCCGAAUCAGUACAGCACUACAUGAGGGCAAAGACUAAUGUUCAGCCUUUUACUUUCAGAAGAAACAUUCAUCAUCAUUCUUUGCACACACUGCCUCAAGGGGUUGUGUUUGAAUCACCUGGGAAGAGUCCCAGCCUCCCUAGUCAUAAUGCUGAUGAAGAUUCAGAUGCUAUGGAGGCAGAAGAUGUAACAGAAGUCGAUUCUGAACUAGAUGAAAACUCUGAUUGCAUUCUCUUAGACAUGAGCACAGACCUAGCAAAUGAUGUUAAUACUCAACACCCUAAGAGUCUGAUUCGGAUCACGUCAGAGGAUGAUGCCACGAUUGACAGUCUCCCACUAGAUGAGAUAGAUUCCCUUAAAGGAUCAACGUCACUUAAUAAUAAUAGCACAAGCAGAACUACACCAUCACCCUGUGAUAGAGUUACUGCUGUGAUCCAGAACAAAACUCCCAGGAAGAAGAGCCCCCAAAUGGGAAACAUUAACUGCAGAGAGAUGUGCUCAUCACUGGACAGCAUUAGUCUUCAUGACAGCAGUUGUGUAAUUACUUUAGCAGCUUUAACGCCAUCAGAAACGCAUCCUGUUUCAUCGGAUGCAUUUGGGACAGUCGAGAGAGAGAAGACUGAGCAGUGGCUACUCAACAACUUCACUAUUCCAGAGGAAGAACUCGCAUGUCAAUACGGAGUCCUUCAAGGUCUACAUGAGUUGUAUCCACUCACGCCAAUCAAUAUGCCAAAAGCAGAGGAUGAUCUGUUUGAGGUUGCAAUACAGAGAUUCAAAUCCAAAUAGGUGUCUAAAACAUUUAAGACAGGGUUAAGAGCUGAUGUGGGUGCAGGAGACACACCUGAUGGAUGGAUAGAUCUAUCUAUCUAUCUAUCUAUCUAUCUAUCUAUCUAUCUAUCUAUCUAUCUAUCUAUCUAUCUAUCUAUCUAUCUAUCUAUCUAUCUAUCUAUCUAUCUAUCUAUCUAUCUAUCUAUCUAUCUAUCUAUCUAUCUAUCUGUGUGGUUGGAAUGAAAACCUGCACCCACUCCAGCCCUUUACUGAUAAGACCGUACACCCCUGAUUUAUUUUUUUUUUUUCUUCCACUUAAUCCAAGCCUUUAUGUUGAUUCUACCACAGUAAAAGCCACUACACACUCUCUGGUUUUCUAAUACCACUUGUUUAAUUUACAGUUAUUUACAUCAAGUGUUAAAACUCUUCUCUGGUGUGUUCAGUGUUAUUCUACUUAUUAUGGUAUAGCAUAAUGUGGCACUUGUAACCUUGUUCUUUCCUACUGCAACAUCAUGAUUGAGUUCUUAUUGUACUUUAAACCAAAUCCAUUAUGUGUUUUGUUAUUGUGCCUAUAUGAGUGUUAACUGAUUGUCUUUUCAACAGUAUAGAAACCAUUAUGGUAUUAAAAUGUUAAGAAAGAAUUUCAUGCUUUUGCCCUAAGUUAGUUACUGUAUAGAAUGUUUUUGUGAAACCUCAGAUACAAUUGUAAUAAAAGUU